AUGGUGAAACUCGGGAAAUCGUCAAAGCGGACGCCAGUUCGGCUACGGAAUAAGAUCGAAAAGGCCAGUGCCGCAAAGCAGAGAAAAGAGCGAAAGCUCGCCAAAAAUAACCCUCAAUGGCGCUCAAAGCUCAAGAAAGAUCCCGGUAUCCCAAAUUUGUUUCCAUAUAAAGAUCGACUCCUGCAAGAGAUCGAAGAGAAGAGGCGAUUAAAGGCAGAGGAAGCACAGAAGAUACGCGAGGAAGCAAAACUACGACGUCAGGCACAGAGCACGGAAGAAGCUGCAGAUGUUGAGAUCUCGGAAAAUGCUGAUCUUAUCGACGAUGAAGAUGAUGAGUUGGUCGAUGACGAUGAGGAUAUGGAGAUUGAAGGAGAAGAGUCCAACCCAAUGGCUGCGCUUUUAGCCUCUGCAAAGGCUCGCGCUGCUGAAUUCGCGGAUCAGAACGACGAUGAUGCUAUGGUGGAUGACGAGGAAGAUGGUGGGGUUACAUUCGUGGAUUCUGCUGUGCCGACAACAAAAGAAAGCUCGCGCCGAGCAUUUGACAAGGCCUUUAAAGAGGUGAUUGAUAGGGCAGAUGUCGUUCUAUACGUUCUUGAUGCGCGAGACCCCGAAGGAACCCGAUCUAAGGAAGUAGAACGAGAGAUUAUGGCUGCCGCCCAUGGGUCGAAGAGACUUAUUUUGAUCCUGAAUAAGAUCGAUCUCGUACCUCCGCCGGUCCUGAAAGGCUGGCUGGUGUACCUACGGCGCUACUUCCCUACUCUACCGCUGCGAGCUUCCACCGGAGCUCCUAACGCGCAUUGCUUCGAUCACAAACAGUUGACCGUCAAGGGCACUUCAGAAACCCUGUUCAAGGCUUUGAAAACAUACGCACAUAACAAACAGCUUAAACGAGCCGUAUCAGUUGGCGUCAUUGGAUAUCCCAACGUGGGCAAAUCUUCCGUGAUCAACUCGUUAACAAGUCGUAUCACCAGAGGCAAUGCCAACGUGUGCCCCGUCGGCGCAGAGGCCGGUGUCACCACCAGUCUUCGAGAGGUCAAACUGGACAGCAAACUAAAAAUCAUUGAUUCUCCAGGAAUCGUUUUUCCCAAUGCCGAAAAGUCCAAAUCCUCAGAAUCCCGCAAAAUAAACGAACAGGCCCGACUCAUUCUACUUAAUGCAAUACCCCCAAAACAGAUUUCCGACCCUGUUCCUGCAGUGACCCUUUUACUGAAAAGAUUAUCCUCGUCUGAAGCCCUACUCUCAAAAAUGCUUGCAUUCUACGGCAUCCCUCCUCUCUUCCCUACUAAUGGCGACAAGACGACCGACUUCCUCGUCCAGGUUGCUCGGAGGAGAGGUAGACUGGGGAGAGGCGGUGCACCUAACAUCAGCAGUGCAGCCACGACUGUUAUAACUGAUUGGAGAGACGGACGUAUCCAGGGCUGGCUUGAGGCCCCUACUUUGCCUGUGUCUACUGCUGUGGAAAGCAAUACUGCUACUGAGGGAGAGGCUAGCGGACAAGCUGCAGACACGAAGCAGAUAGUGACGGAGUGGGCAAAGGAGUUCAAGCUCGAAGGCCUAUGGGGAGACGAUGCUGCUCAGGAGGAGGAUGAUGAGCAGAUGAAAGAAUAA